AAACCAGGACCCCACCCCACCAAGCCAUCACAGACCAAUUUUUUUUUACAAAUACUACAAUCAUUUUAAUAAAAUAUUUAAUUUUUACUUUAAAAAGGCAAAAAUAUAAAAACUAUAUAACGUUAAUACAGUAAAACAUAACCAAACAAACUUUUAUCACCAACCUGAAAUCGCGUUUGCUUUCUCAAAAACUGAAAAGAAAAAUCGCACUACAGACAGCUCGCUCCCGUUGAUUCAUUCAUGUAUCAUUACCCGAGCUGAACCAUACAGACCUCAAUAAUCGAUUUCUGUGUGAUCUGCAUCUUCCUCUGCUCUCCCUUGCGUUUCAAUUUCGUCGUCAUGACUUGAGCAACUGCUAGCGCAAGUUAAACUUUUUCAGAUUGUCAAGCUGUUGGGGGCUUGAGAGACUAGGUUUUAUCGAAUACUCGAUUUAAUAGAAAUGGAUGAAAGGAGUUCAUCCUCUCCAGCUGGAACAGAAACUGAUUUAGUGUCUCUUCGGCAGCGCCGCUCCAAAGUUAUAUACCAGUUUACACAACAAAAUCUUCCUGCUUGUAAACCUGUACUAUCUCCGGCAUGGGUCAUCUCAAUGUUUUUUGUGGUGGGUGUGGUGUUCAUACCGAUUGGUAUUGUGUCUCUACAUGCUUCACGAAGUGUUGUUGAAGUUGUGUAUAGAUAUGACGGGGAAUGUAUACCGGAAUCAUUUAGGAGCAACAAGUUGGCGUACAUUAUGGAUAGUUCGAUACACAAAAAUUGCACCAUAUACCUGAAGAUUCCCAAUCAUAUGAAAGCUCCAAUAGAUAUCUACUACCAGCUCGAUAACUACUACCAGAACCACAGGCGGUAUGUUAAGAGUCGAUGUGAUCAACAACUCUUGCACGGACUGAGAUACCGAGAUAUAAGUUUGUGUGCACCUAAAGAUGUUGAACAUGGUCUCCCAAUAGUCCCUUGUGGUCUGAUUUCCUGGAGUUUGUUUAAUGAUACAUACACUUUUUUCCGAGGAAUGGAUAAAUUGGAUGUCAACAGGAAGAACAUUGCAUGGAAGAGUGAUCGUGAUCAUAAAUUUGGGAAGCAAGUUUAUCCCUUCAAUUUUCAAAACGGCAGCCUAAUUGGUGGUGCAAGUCUCGAUCCCAAUAUUCCUCUAAGUGAUCAAGAGGAUCUUAUUGUAUGGAUGAGAACUUCUGCUCUCCCAACCUUCCGAAAGUUGUAUGGAAGAAUCGAAGAGGAUUUAUAUCCUGAUGAUAUCAUCACAGUUAAAGUUCUAAACAAUUACAACACCUACAGUUUCAGUGGUAGCAAAAAGAUUGUUCUCUCAACAUCAAGUUGGUUAGGAGGCCAUAAUAAUUUCCUGGGAACGGCUUUCAUUUCCGUCGGCAUUUCUUUUAUCUUUCUUGCCAUUGUCUUCCUGUUGCUUCAUUUAAGAAAUCCAAGACAAUUUGGUGAUACAAGUAACUUAUCACGGAAUUAAAAAAGCUGGUUUCAGGUGAAAGCAUAUAGGAAGCUAAGGAAAGGACAAGAGGAACCAAACAGAGGGCCUUGUUAUUGCCAGCACCAUCAUUCUCCAACACUUCUUCCAUAAUAGUCUCAAGCUUUGGCUUAUUGGAUGCUUUUCUGUGGGAGAUCAGGGGCG